AUGGACGGCCUGGACGAUUUUGAGAAGCAAUUGGCCGCGGACAAGGCCGAAAGAGAACGCGAACAAGAAAGAGCCGAACGCAAAGAGAAACGCCGACAUCACCAUCGACGCGACAGGUCCUCAGAUCGCACUGGCGACCGUGAGAGAAAUCGCGAUCACCAUCGCGACUCGGACGGACAUAGACACAAGCACAGGAGGCAUGACUCUCGUGAACGUGACCAGGACCGCGACGAACAUGGACACCGACACAAAAGAUCCCGAAAGGACGAGGAUGAAUAUGACCGCGACAAGGAUAGCUCGAGGCACAGGCACAGGCACAGGCACAGGCACGGCUCGCCCAGUCGUCGACAUGGGCGUGGAGGUGAUGAUUUUGGCGAACCGAGCUACAUCCAAUCUCAUGACCCCAAGGAGGACCUUCCGCUACCAGACGAGGAGACACCAUCCGCCGAAGCUGGGGCUCGGCCUGUCAGGGACUCUUGGAUGACUGCGCCGUCAGCCCUUGAUGUCGACUACGUCCAUCGACCACAGAAAGACAAGGGCCCCGUCAAGAAGGAGCCUGAGCAACGUUUCAUCUCGGAACGGGAGCUCAACAGCGGUGUGCUAGCUGCAAUGAACAGCGGCAAGGCCUUUGAAGACCUGCAGGUCCCGACCCAAGCUGAAGUCAGCUACAAAUUUGGAGAUGAAGGCUCGCAGUGGCGCAUGACCAAACUAAAAGGAGUCUACGACACUGCCAAGAGGACAGGACGGCCUGUGGAUGAGGUUGGGGCCGAGACUUUCGGGAGCAUUCGCGAAUUUGACGAUGCCCGGGAGGAAAGAAUUGAGAUGGACAGGCGCAGGACGUAUGGCAGUGGUUACAAGAGCAAAGAGGGUCCUACCGGGGAGCUGUAUAAAGAGCGAAAUAUCGACGAGAGUCGCCCAAGCGAAGUCCAAGACGCUGCGGACUCUCCACCAGAGCAGGCCGUCGUGGUAGACGACCCACCCGCCGCGCGCAUCGAUCAAACAACACUGAAUAGGAUGCGUGCAGCCAUGAUGAAGGCGAAACUCCGCCGAGCCCCUGAUGCCGAGAAGCUCGAGGCCGAAUACAAUGCAGCGAUGACAUCCUUCACCUCGGGCGUAUCCAACGACCGCGCCGUCGUCCUGGAUGCCUCGCAUAGCCGCAUGCUCGCGGCAGGCGGCCACCGUGCCGAGACCAAGGCGCUCGACACCAAGCGCGGCCGGGAGCGCGGGACCUUGGUCGCCAACGACGACAUGACGAUUGACGAUAUGGUCCGCGAGGAGAAGCGCACCAAGGGCCAGGCAGGUGGCGACGGCAUGAAGAUGGCGGAGCGGAUCGCGCGCGACGCCAAGUUCGACAACGACCUCGAGUACAUGGAGGAGAACGCAGAGCGGCUGGCCAAGCGCACACACAAAUCGGACGCGGCGCUCAAGGCCCUGGCUGUGGGCGAGUUCCAGCGCAUGAACAAGAUCCUCGAGAGCUGCCCGCUCUGCCACCACGAAGACCGCGAGCCGCCGCGCAACCUGCCCAUCGCCCCCGUCGUCUCGCUCGCUACGCGCGUCUACAUGACCCUAGCUCCGGGCCCAGAGCUCAACAACGGUGCGGAAGGCGGCGCCGUCCUGGUCCCGCUCAGCCACCGCCAGAACCUGCUCGAGUGCGACGACGACGAAUGGGAGGAGAUGCGAAACUUUAUGAAGUCCCUCACGCGCCUGUACCACGACCAAGGGCGGGAGGUGCUAUUUUACGAGAACGCGGCGGCUCCGCACCGCCGCGGACACGCGCACAUGGUGGCCGUGCCCAUCCCCUACGAACAGGGGGACACGGCACCGGCUUUCUUCAAGGAGGCCAUGCUGACGGUGGGCGAGGAGUGGUCGCAGCACAAAAAGUACAUCGACACGGCCAAAAAGGCGCGCGAGGGGCUGGGCAAGCUCGCCUUUCGUCGGAGCAUCGCCAAGGAGGCGCCCUACUUCCACGUUUGGUUCAACUUGGACGGCGGGCUGGGCCACGUCGUGGAGGACGAGUCCAGCUGGCCCAGGGGGGAUCAGUUCGCACGGGAGAUCAUCGGCGGUAUGCUCGAUUCGGACAUGGACCUCAUCAAGAAGCAGCCGAGGUGGUCGAGGUCGGAUAGCCGGACGGACGACUUCAAAAAGCGGUGGAGGAAGUUUGACUGGACCAGGGUGUUAACAGAGGGCCAGUGA